AUGCAUGUUAGAGGAAUUAAAAGUGCUCAUAAUAUUGCUUAUGAGAAAUAUGUGAAUCUAAGAGAUGCAAAGAAGACAUCAAUUGAAUUUGUAUUUGAUAAUGCGAGUGAGGUUCAAAUGAAUGAAUAUCAUAUUCGUUUGAAUGCAUCCUUAACUUGUUUGAGAUUUCUUUUGGGCAAAGGUUUGGCAUUCCGGGGACAUGAUGAAAGUGAGGAGUCAUAUAAUAGAGGUAACUUUCUUGAGCUUUUGAAGUGGUUGGGGGGGAAGGUUGAGGAAAUAAGAAAAUAUACUUUCCAAAAUGCACCCAAAAAUUGUCAAUUAACAUCUCCCAAAAUUCAAAAAGACAUUAUCACUUGUUGUGCAAAAGAGACUACUAAGCGCAUAAUAGAAGAGGUUGGUGAUGGUUACUUUUCUAUUUUGGCCGAUGAAUCAAGUGAUGUGUCUCAAAAAGAACAACUAGCUCUUGUUUUGCGGUUUGUUAAUAGAGAAAAUGGAUCGGUAGUGGAACGCUUUUUAGGCAUUCUACAUGUGGGUGAUACUACCGCUUUGUCUCUUAAAAAUGCCAUUAUGUCCUUGCUUAUGGAACAUUCAUUGAGUCCUUCCAUGAUAAGAGGUCAAGGGUAUGAUGGGGCAAGUAACAUGAGGGGUGAAAUCAAUGGCCUCAAGAUUUUGAUUAUGAAUGAUACUUCAAGAGCCUAUUACAUUCAUUGUUUUGCUCAUCAACUUCAACUAACUCUAGUUGCGGUUGCUAAAAAGAAUGUUAAUUGUACUUGGCUUUUUGACGUACUUGCAAACUUGUUAAAUGUGGUGGGAGCUUCUUGUAAGAGAAGAGACCUUAUUCAAAAAAUCCAAGCUCAAGUAGUGGCUCAAGCUUUGGAAGUGGGGGAAAUUGAAAGUGGAUCGGGUUUGAAUCAAGAACGUGGUUUGAGUAGGCCGGGAGAUACACGUUGGGGAUCUCAUUACAAGUGUCUAAUAAGUAUCAUAAACUUGUUUCCUUCAAUUGUUAAAGUGCUUGAGGAGAUUGGAGAAAAUGGCUCUCCGGAUGAUAAGCUCAAAGCUCAAGUUGUUUUAGGAUCUUUGGAGUCCUUUGAUUUUAUUUUUAUGGCUCAUUUCAUGUUGACUAUUUUUGGCUACACUAAUGAUUUAUGUGUUGCUUUAUGUUGGCUCUUAAGGUUUUGA